AUGAUCACCAAGGGGCUUCUCGUCCUUGGGUCUGCGAUUCCCGCUCUUGCGGGUUCGCUUGUCGAACGCCAAAGCUCAUCACUCGAAAACUGCCCUGGAUACACCGCCAGCAAUGUACAGAAUGACGGCUCCAAGGUCACUGCGGAUCUCUCUCUCGCAAGCACUGCUUGCAACGUCUAUGGUGAUGAUCUGGCCGAUCUCAAAUUGGAAGUCGAAUACCAAACGGAGGACCGACUUCAUGUCAAGAUCUACGACGCCGCUGAGAAGGUCUUCCAAAUCCAAGAAUCUGUCUGGCCACGUCCUUCUGCCGAUGAGGUCCUUUCUCCUUUGCCAUCACACGCAAGGGAGACCAACGAGACGCUCUUCGAUACUUCGGCUGCGUCACUCGUCUUUGAGACACAGUACUUGCGCAUGAGGACUGCUCUCCCAAAUGCACCGAACCUGUACGGACUUGGUGAAUCUACCGACUCGUUCCAUCUCAACACCACCAACUACACGCGCACUCUCUGGAACCGAGAUGCCUACGGAACAGCCCCUGGAAGCAACCUGUACGGAUCCCACCCAAUCUAUUUCGACCACCGCGGCGAGAACGGAACCCAUGGUGUCUUCUUUGCCAGUUCUCAGGGCAUGGAUAUCAAGAUUGAUGACUCUGAAGGCCAGUUCCUCGAAUACAACACUUUGGGUGGUAUCUUUGACUUUUACUUCCUUGCCGGUCCCAGCCCCAAGGAAGUUGCGAUCCAAUACUCUGCUCUUUCUGGUCUCCCAGCCAUGAUGCCAUACUGGGGUUUCGGUUCCCACCAGUGCAAGUAUGGUUACAGGGAUGUUUGGGAAGUUGCUGAAGUUGUGGCAAACUACUCAAUCGCUGACAUUCCACUCGAGACUAUGUGGACAGAUAUCGAUUACAUGGAUCUCCGUCGCUUGUUCACUCUUGAUCCCGAGCGUUACCCGCUUGAGCUGGUCCGCCAACUAGUAGACUACUUGCACUCCCAUCAACAGCACUACAUCCUGAUGGUCAACUCUGCUGUAUGGAGUGGCGACUAUGAUGGUUUCAACGACGGCGCCAAGCUUGAGGUCUUCCAGAAGCGUGCCAAUGGCUCGUUCUUUGAAGGCGCUGUCUGGCCUGGCCCAACCGUCUUCCCCGAUUGGUUCCACCCUAACACACAGCAAUACUGGGAUGAAAAGUUUGCCGAGUUCUUUGACCCUGCCACCGGCGUUGAUAUUGAUGGCUUGUGGAACGAUAUGAACGAGCCCGCCAACUUCUGCCCAUACCCUUGCGAGGAUCCCGAAGCAUACUCCACCGAGUCCAAGAACCCUCCUGAGCCACCACCAGUUCGCGCCUCGGCAGGACGUCAAAUCCCGGGAUUCCCAGCAGGUUUCCAACCGCAAUCCAACUCCAGCACUUCCAGGCGCUCACUAUACCCUCGAGAGUCCAACACCCGUGAUACUAAACUUUCCAUCUCUAAACGUCAAGCUUCCAACAACACCAACGAUCUCGCCAAGUACCCUGGUCUUCCCGGGCGCGAUCUCAUCAACCCCAAGUAUGAGAUUCAGAACGCUGCCGGAUCCAUCAGCAACAAGACUCUUGAUACCAAUAUCCAGAACUACGAUGGUACUUAUCACUAUGAUACACACAACUUUUGGGGAUCGAUGAUGUCAAUUGCAAGCCGCAAGUCUAUGGUCAAGCGCCGUCCCGAACGUCGUCCAUUGAUCAUUACACGAUCUACUUUUGUUGGACUUGGUGCCCACCUAGGCAAAUGGCUCGGCGACAACGUCUCCGAAUGGGCCCAAUAUCGCUUCUCCAUUGCGGGUAUCCUCAGUUUCAAUGCCAUCUACCAAAUCCCCAUGGUCGGCCCCGAUAUCUGCGGUUUCGCAGGCAACACCACGGAAACCUUGUGCGCACGUUGGGCCACUCUGGGCGCAUUCUACCCCUUCAUGAGGAACCAUGCCGGAGACACAUCCAUUAGCCAGGAAUACUACCGCUGGCCCCUGACUACGGCAGCAGCCAAGAACGCCAUCGCCGUAAGGUACAGGCUUUUGGAUUACUUCUACACGGCCUUCCAUCGCCAGGCCACCACCGGAGUACCCAGUCUAAACCCCCUUUGGUUCCACUACCCCUCAGACCCCGAGACGUUUGCCAUUGACCACCAGUUCUUUUACGGCAACAGCAUCCUCGUAUCGCCUGUGCUGGAAGAAAACAGCACCUCGGUAUCCAUCUACCUGCCGAACGAGACCUUCUACGACUACUGGACUGGCGCGCGUGUCCAAGGAAAGGGCGAAUACAUCAACUUGACCGACGUGGGUUUUGAUUCAAUCCCCCUACAUAUCCGCGGUGGAUCCAUCUUGCCCCUCCGCGCAGAGUCCGCAAACACGACAACUGAGCUCAGGAAGAACGAUUUCGUCCUCUGGAUCGCACCGAACUCUACCAACCAAGCCACUGGCUCUUUGUACCUUGAUGACGGUGAUUCCAUGGAACAACCGGCUACCUCACUCAUCACCUUUUCAUACGAUAACGGCAAGUUCAGCAUGGCUGGUGAAUUUGGUUACAAGACCGAUCUCGUAAUCAAGAACAUGACUGUCCUGGGUGGUGAAAAGACCGUCCAAGGACCCGUCGCUCUGAACGCAAGCUGGGAGCACAACUUCGGAGGCCCCGAGUUUGAGGGAAUGGCACCCCGAAGACAUGUAGGCGUUGGUUUCUUUUGGGGUGCAGCAGUGGGUCUCGCGAGUGUGAUGUUCAACUUGUAG